GCAGGUUAACCGCGGCAGUAUCUUUAGCGUCAAGGAUGGUUGCAGUUACCGAAACAGGUUCUCCAUAUUCUACGCCAGUAAGUGUACGGUCUUAUUGAAGGUUGCCGUUCUUGAUUCAUCCCUCUGCUUGCUCUGAAGAUAAUUUACAUGCAUCCGAGUUCUCGCUUUUCUCUUCGACGUCACGAGUAUUUUGCAAGAAACUUUUACUUUAAAUUGCUCAAUUUUUGUUCAAUUAUUCUCUCUAAAAUUUGUCGCCUGUAAUUGCUGAUUAAUACAUGUUAAAUAGAUCAUUUAUUCCUGGCAACUUAUGAUUGAAGCCUCUAAACUCCAAGCAGAAAACAAAAACGAUGUUUGACUAAUUUCUGCGACAUUGUGUAAUGAGAAAUUUUUACCAACUAACCAACGGAAAUAUGGAUGUAUUCUCUCCCUCGUUCUUCCAGGUUGCCUUUAUAUAUGUUUUCAAUUUGAUUAUUGGAGUUGGAGCAUUGACAAUGCCCAAGGCAUUUGCAAAUGCGGGUUGGUUGAUCGCAUCAGUUCUGAUAGGUAUUUUAUGCCUGAUGAGGUUAGUGGAGGUCUAUCGUUACCAUUCCAACUAUUAUUAUUAUCAUUAUCACUAUUAUGGUGUUAUCAUAACAGCAUUGAUUAUUGUUUGUUUUAUUUUAGUUUUGCAAUACUCCCCCAUCCACUCCCCCCAUAUCUCAUAUUACAAGACCUUGAAGGUCAUAGCCCAUAUAAAGAUCAAACUGCCCCAUGAUGAAGCUGACUACUUUCAGCUGAUGCUACAGAAUGAUACAUGAUACAGUGAUUGUAGUCCUCUAUGAUCAUGGGCAAAACAGGUUGCCUUGCCAAAGAUAAUAGCCAGCAAUCAAGGGAUGUAUAGUAUUUCAGUAGUCAGCUGAUAUGUGAUCAGUGGAUAUUCAAAUGUUGUUUGUUUAUCAUUGUUUAUUUACUGACAUGUCAGCUGAUUACCAACAAGUGUUGAGGCUUCAGCUGAACAUGGGCUGACUAUCUACUUACCAAAUAUCAGCUUUUGACUUCAUCAAUCUACCUCUAAAAUGGAUUUUACCAACAUUGAUUGAAUGAAUCAAUGAGAAGUCUCUGUUAUGCUGUCAAUUCAAAGUAGUUGUUAUGCUAUUUUUUAUUAUGUGUGUGCGCAAAUCUUUUACAAAAUAUCUAAGACAAUUUAUACCAGUAUGCUCUCUAUGGUCAAUAGAUGCGUUUGGAUUAGAGUUUGCGAACACAGUGUGAUAUUACACUUUCUGUGUUUCAAUUUCUAUGUGAGAAGUAUUUGAUAAAAGUAACCCUUUACACCCUAAAGUCAGUAUACAUAUUCUCUGUACUGUUCUUAGUGCAUUUUUUAAGGUACUUACAAGGAAAAUUUGUCUAACAUUCAAGAGCAUCUUUAGUUGGUGAUCAUUUCUUUUAUUCUCAUAACCUUUAUGUGUGAUUCAAGGGUGAUGUUGUAAGGAGAGAUUAGAUGAUAGUCACUCUUAGGGGUUACAGGGUUAAUAGAAGACUUUUCUGUGUUUACUCUUCCUCUUAUAAUAACUCAGGGGUUGAGAACAUUUUUGUGUUUAGAAGAGGCUCUACAAACACAGAAGAGUCCUCUAUUGCUUGAAUAACAGAAAUCUGUCGACUUUUUUACCCAGUUACCUCUAUAAAGAAUGUGUGAGAAGAUUUUAAAUUAUAGAUGUAAGUUUCAUGCAUUAUUCAAGUUUUGGUUUUACUUUUGUAUCUUUUUCUACACAUGCUUCACUUAGAUCAAAAUUUUAAUUCUCCUUACCACCAACCGUACAAUUUCUAUAAUGUUAGUUCAGAGAAUUAAGUAUUGAAUUAACUAAUUAACCCCAAAUUGAUAUUUUUCUUUAUUCUCAUCACUAAUCUGCUUGAUAUUGUAUUGAUAUUGUAAGGAGAAAUUAUGUCUUGGUCACUUAUGAAGGUUAAAGGGUUAAUUUCUUAAGUUGUGUGAAACAUUGACUAAAAAAUUCAGUCAUGUGAAAAACAUGUGAUUAGCAUGUAAAUAACAUGUGAUUGUCACCUUAGUAAUAAACUUCUCAUACAGAUUUUAAGUUUUUUUGUAAUUUUACUCUAACUUUUGCUUAUAACUGCUCCCAAUGGAAUGUUUUGAGAAAAUAGACAGAAAUGAUGUUUUGACUGUCAUACUAUUUUAACUGCCUAAAACUUUGCCAUGAUUUCAAGGUCACAAUAAUGUCACUAAAUAAGGCAGAUGUUUCUGCUGAGCAUGGCUGCAGAUUUUAAAGUUUUCACAAUUUACCUAGUAAAAAAAAAGUAACAUUUGAUAUUAUACAACUACCCUACUUAUUGACCCUGAUACUAGGUAAAUUGGUUUAACUACUGAUUUUACUGAAUAAAUUGAAACUCAAAAUACUUUUUAAUAUUGAUGUUUAGUUUUAUAACAUCCACAUUCAUGGUAGAGGCAAUGGCUGCUGCUAAUGCUAUGUUACGUCUAAAAGCAAGAGAAAAAAGUUUGUCAGCACCAGUAAGUAUUAACUGCAUUUUUAUUUGAUUUUUACAUUUACUUUUGCAAUUAAGGACCAGUGAACCUAAUCAUCUCUUAAACCUGGCCUCCUUUAACUCUCAGAAAUGAUUUACAUGUAAAUAAUUUCUCCUAAAUGUCCUAAAUGUCUAUCACUCCUCCAAGUAUUAAAAGUCCUGGAAUUUUUCUUCCUUUAGGAAAGAAACUACAAACAGUGUUACACCUCUUACAAUGGACAAGUUAAAUUCAUUCUUCAACAGUUUAUUGGUAAAGAGAUAAUCAAGUUUAAUGAUCAUGUGUUCCUUUUUUGUUAGAUACAUCCUUCUACUGGUAGUGCCUUAAGUGCUGGUUCUAAUGGUGAAAAAGAUUCAUCUUCUGAUGACCCUGAUGAGAAUGUGCCGCUGCUUAUUAGUGAGUAAUUAUAGUGUCAAGUGAACUUUUUUUAUGAAAGUGAUAAAAUAAAUAAUAUAUGACAUUCUGUACUGCUGCAUACUGGCUGCUUUGCAUACCACUGAAAUAGCUCUAAGAAUGCAAUAUGGUUAGCAAUGACAACAACAGCAAAGGUUCAUAUGAUGCCAGUUUUUGAGGUUCACAUGGCAUGUCAAUGCCUAAAACUUGAACAACCAAAGGGAGAGAUGCAAAUUUUCAUUAAGAAAAUGACAAGCCUCAGUUGUAUUUCAUGAAAAUGUUUAUCUCAGUGAAAUUUGGACCAUUCACACUAGGUGCUUGAAAUGCACCACCGUCAAGUUUGCUUCUUGUCUGCCAAACACAUCUAGCCUAAGUGGUGACAACCAUAAAUAAGGCAGCUUGGAGCACUGUGAUGUCAUAUGGCAAAUGAGACAGGAUCCCUAGAACUGAGUUUAGAUUAUUAAGUACCAGUUUAAAAGUAAGCUGGUGAUGUAUAGUGUAGAUACUUGAAUGGUUUACAAAGAUGUCUUUGGUCAUAGAGCAAGGCAAAAACAUUUGACAACAUGGUUUUCUUAUGAAACUGUUUUAUGCUUAGUGUUUUUGCUGAGAUAUAUAUAUGAUAAUUCAAGAAUCUGUUAAAAUUUUGGCAAAAAGAGAUUUUCUAAAACUUUAGCAGGAAAAAUUCUUCUUUGAAUUUUUUGUAACAAAAUUGAUAAUGUGGAGCAUGAGAACUGCAUUCCCCCCUAAAUACAGAGAUUAUACUUGAAAAAAAAUUUUAAAAAAGCCUUGAUUGAUGGCAGAUAAUUUUCUUGUUUAUCACUACUAGAUGCAUUGGGUAGCUCAAGAGGAGAUCUCUAUGAUAUAUCCAAGCGUGUAGAAAUGGUGAGUGCUUUGUAGAGAUUCUUCUCUCCUUGUUUUUGAUUGAUUUCCACACAGUACUGAGAAACAGCUAAAAAAAUCUUUAUUACAUUCAUUUUGAAAUUACCAGUGAUCCUUGCGAUCUGAUUUGCUCUAAUCGGUGCUAUUUAUUCACAAAUUACACCAGUUUUUGCUUUAAAUCACACUUUUUUCCCAACCAAUGAGAGAGCUUUAAUAAUUGAAAACAAAAAAACAACCAAUCAAAUUUCAAGGCUGGUUUUAAAGAAACCAUUAUUAAGUUGUUUACUUACACCUAUAAUUAGCUGUGAUAUCUCUGUUCUAUAAUGGUGAUACAUAUUUUUUCUCUGUUUGUAGGGUCAGAUGGCCAACCUUUUUUUCAGUAAACGUAAGUAAUGAAUUAAGUUGCUGGUCUAAGAACAAAGGGGUAAGUUUCUAAAGAAACUGUGGUGCUAUCUCUGUUCUAUAAUGGUGAUACAUAACUUUCUUGAAAAUUGUUAGGUCAGAUGGCCAACGUUUUUUCAGUAAAAACGUCAGCUAAUGAAUUUUAAACCCAGUUGUUAACACUAAAUUACCUGGUCUAAGAACAGUCCCACUAUCUUUUAUUCUGAAAUUCUGUGCUUUGAGGUGCAUUUUUGGAGAAAAGAGCAAGUACAAACCUACCAUUGACUUAGGGGUGGCAAAAAGGCAGGCAGUAAAGAACAGAAACAGUGCAAACCGGGAGAACCUUUGGCAGUGUUUUGCUGUUUGGCUUGAAAAGCAAAAUGCAAAAUUGAAACCACAACAGAGUUAAAACAAAAGUUGGGUCAUUUGCUCCUCUUUAUUAUUCUCCUUGUCAGUAUCUAAGGAAAUGUAUAGGAAUUAGUGUGGAGAAUUUGCAUACAGAUCUUGAGGUGUCAAGGUAAUCUCAGCCCCAUUGUGCUUGCUAUAGUACUCUAUGGACGUUUUAAUCAACUUUUGUGUUAUUAAUGAUUAUUAAUAAUAUUGUUUUAUUAUUAGUUGGAGUCCGACUGUUCUACUUCUGCAUUGUGUUGUACCUGUAUGGUGAUUUGGCAAUAUAUGCAGCUGCUGUUCCAAAGUCUUUAACUAAAGUGACAUGGUAAGAUGGUUAGAUUUAUAUAUUAUAUUUGUUAAUCUAUUUAUUCAUAAGAAAAUAGCGGGGCGAUGGGGGGUGAGAGGUGGCUAUGACAAACUGCCUUCUAGAGAAGUGGGUAACCUCUACAGCUUUGACAGUGGCAUCAACCUUGGUACUGUCAAUCAUAAGAAUAUUCAAUAUCUUACUUGAGGGUCGGUAGGGAAGAAGUUAGCUGGCGUUUAUGAUUAGUGCUGCAGGACGCGCGUUUCUCCGCCCGCGGUGAGAUUUGAGACGAGACGGGUAGUGGUUUGAUUGGGUGUUUUGGGCACUAAUAUCAGUGCUAGAUCCCUCGCAGACCCCUCCCUGGUUUGUGUUUCAAGGUCUCAAACUUUCCAACAGGCGAAGAAACGCUUGUGCCGUGACGCUAAUAGGGAGGUCCUCCUCGAUCAGGUUUUCAUCAGCACUGCUUAAAAAAUAUCUCACAGAAUUCUUGCGAAGAGUGCGAGGGCUCAACUGGCCUGCCUUGCUCGCUGGCAAGAGGUCUAGCAGGAGUUCUGGCAGGCUCCUCACCGGCCUCUUGAAGGGUUCACAAGAAGGCUGCGAGAUGCUCGUGGAGCAGCGCUAAGAAGAACUUGCGCAUAGGCUAGUCUGCUAUGAGCCCUUGGACUUUUUCCUCCUUAUUGCAACGGUCAAAACAGCUGCCUGAAUAACAUCUAGAGGCUUCCAUUAAAACUUUUGUCAUAUUUCUUAAUCUUUUUGGUUGUAACAAUACCCGUAUCCCAUUCGGAAGAGAGCCGAUUACCGUUGCAAAGUGUUGUGCUAAACUUUGAUUUGAUUUUUUCCCUUUUCCCAGCGGAUCUUGGAAUGAAACUGAUUCUACCAAAUCCAACAACAAGACUUGUCCACGAUGGGGCUCUGUCACACAAGGCAAUGUUUAUCGUGUCUUUUUAGUAAGUGUUUUUAUCCAGCAAGCUCCUAAAAAAUAAGUUUGUGUGUUGGUAUGCGUGAUAGUGUGCGAGAUAGAAUGUGCGAUGGUAUGUGUGAUAGUAUGCGUGUACCCUGCGUGAUCGUAUGCAUUAUAAUUUUUUUGGGCCUCGCCCUCAUCAACUACCACGCACAGAAAUCGAGAGCUCAUCAUGUAAUCUUUAGAUAAAAGCGUUAUGUAUGUACUGCGGGUGUAUUUACUCAAAGUGCAUGAUCCUGAAGCAACAUGUUUAUAGGGAAGGACCCAGCACUUGACUUGCUCGUUUCUGUUCCUUUUUCAGGCCAUUUUCACCGUCACAUUAGGACCAUUUGCAUUUUUCAACGUACAGAAAACAAAAUACUUACAGAUUUUUACCACACUCAUGAGAUGGGUUGGUAAGUAGUUAGUUUAUUUGUACUUUCCUGAUUUCUUGUCUUAUUGCUGUUUUGUUCUUAUCAGCGGGUUACAUAUCUUUAAAUUUUUAAAGUUUCGUCUACUUUGAAAUCAGGGGGGCAAGUUUCUAAAUAAAAUGUGGUGCUGCGUCGGUGGGAGAGUAUAAUAGAAAUUAAUUUAUUAGUAUCAAAGUAAUUUAGUAUUAUCUACUGAGUUUAAAACGUAAAUUGGCCACGGUAAAAAGUUUAACAGCUGGCGUUUCGAGCGUUAGCCCUUCGUCAGAGCGAUUGACGAAGGGCUAACGCUCGAAACGUCAGCUUUUAAACUCUUUACAGUGGCCAAUUUACGUCAUCAACUCAGUAGAUAAUACUAAAUUACUUUGAAAUCACACUCGCAUAUAAAAAGUUCAAUUGCUACUUAUCGGAACACUAGAAAUAAUUACCAAAAACAUGAAUGUACGGGAAUGUGAUUGAAAAACCUCGUAUUAAAUGUAGCCGUGUAUUUCUCACGGUAUCCCAAUGCAGAUGGUUUUCGAUCUCCUCAAGUUUCUCCCAUCCAUGCAUUGGGUCUUUCUUUACACUGUCAGAGAUGAAGAGGAAUGAAGAGGCCAUGCUAAUGUGUUUUACGUCUGCUUUUCAACAGCCUUUAUCAUGAUGAUUGUCAUCGCUGUAGUCAAGAUUGGUAAGGGCCAGGGGGAGCAUGAUACUCCUACAGCAAGUAUCUCGGGCCUGCCUAAUCUGUUCGGAGUGUGUGUGUACUCAUACAUGUGCCAGCAUUCGCUCCCAUCUCUAAUCACACCAAUGAAGAACAAGUCGCGUAUCACGUUGCUCUUUGUCGCUGACUUCGCCAUAGUCCUGAUUUUUUAUGCUCUGUUGUCCUUCACCGCCAUCUUUGCCUUCCGCUCAGAGGACUUGAACGACUUGUAUACGCUCAACUUCAGGAAAACCUCCGGCAACUUUGUGGGAUAUUUCCUCGCACUGUUUCCCGUUUUCACCCUCAGCACCAAUUUCCCGAUCAUUUCCAUAACCCUCCGUGACAAUCUUAAGAAUUUGUUUCACCGCGAAGGACGACCCUACCCCUGGGUCGUGGACCGGAUCGUUUUUCCACUCUCCACGAUCACCUUGCCUAUCAUAGUGGCAUUCAUUACGCAGAACUUGGAAAUACUCGUCGGCGUAACUGGGUCUUACGCCGGCACUGGAGUGCAGUAUGUUAUCCCAGCCUGCCUUGCGUACUUUGGCAAGAAACAGUUGACGGAGAUGACAGGUCGCUAUGACAACAAGCACAAGUCUCCCUUCGGAAGGAGUUUGUGGAUCGUGUUUGUGAUUGGCUGGGCGUUUGUCUGUAUAGCUUUGGUGACGGUAAAUCAUAUCAUUGCCAAAAAAUAAUCUGAUAGAAUCAUUUCCAAAAAUGAGUAAUUAUGCUGUGAAAUCGAUGAAUUGGGCGAUAUCAAGAACAAAUAUAAAUUAUUAUUAUUAUUGUUAAUAUUAUUAAAUAAUUUGUAAUUAACUAUAAAAUUGAUAAGCUGCUUCAGGUGUUAAGAUUUUGAUAUGAAGAUUAAAAUCAGAGGCCAUAUGGUGGAUCUGAAUAUUAUUAUUAUGAAGUUGCAGGUUCAAUUUUGAUUAAUUCUCCAUCACAUUAAAUGAGUAACGGUUGAUUGUGUCGUCUAAUCGUCUGGGUGAGAAUAGGACUCUUGUUGAUACGAGUCCAAGUUUAUUCUAGAAAUUGGUCAAAGAGGGUAGGGAAAGCCCUUUGUCAAGAAAGGGCCAGGACAGCGGCUACGCAGAAAGAUGUUUGAACUAAUGUGUUUAGUCUCGUCGGUGGUAGAACGAGGUAGAGAAAAGCAGAGCUGCGCUCUAGAAUGGAGCUUGGUAGUAACUGACGAUUUGACAACUUGAGGGGAAUUCAGGAGGUGAUUGUCAGUUGAAUGUAAUAAGUUGGUUCGUGGAAAGUAAUUGGUCAGUUUUGAUGUUUUUUUAUAGGCUGUUAGAUUCAAAUCAUUGUGACCGACAACAUUACUUUACACGACCACUCUCGCCAGGACAAUCAGAC